AUGAGUGUCAAGCUCGAAGUCGACGAACAGGAUAUAUCACUAGCUUCCCCCGAUCCGCAUCUGCCACUUUCUUUGGAUCACAGCCACACGAAUAUCACCCAGCUCGAAGGUCAAAUAGACUCGGAUACCCAGUACACAGUCGAGGAUAUCCUUGUCGCCUUUGCGCCGCCAUCACGCUCAAUCCAACAACUCAUCGAGUCCCUAGAGACGCACAGGGUCAACACCCUCACAGAGCUCUGCCGCAUCGAGCGCGUAGCGGCUACCUGCGAGAACGAAGAAGACGCCCUAGCCUUCCAAGGUCCAAUGACCGCCGCCUGGGACUACUAUGUGAACAGCAACCAGUUUCUCACUGAGCUCCGAGGUCUGACACGGAGCUAUCCCCUUUGCAGCGACCUUCUAUACGACGCCCACGUCCGCGUGCGCAACGAUCCCAACUCGAACAAGAGCUGGAACCUGGCCUGGUUGUGUCUGGUCAAGAUUCAGGAAGAUGAUCUCGUGUCCGGAUACGCGGCCCUGGAGGCCAGCAAGCCCGAGAUGUGGGGAGGCCGCGAGCCCUCUACCGACGAGGCGGCCCAGCUCGGCGCCUGUUUUGAAUAUGAAUGGAAUAAGGCCGUCGACACGAUGUUGCGGCACUGGUCUGUGCCCCCGACGUGGUUCUAG